AUGGAGACCAAUGAUUCCAUGCGAGCGAUAGCGCGCAACCUUGCGUCGAUGAGUCUCUCGAAAGCCAAAAGCAUCUACGAAAACCCAAAAGUUCGUUGCGUCUUGGGCGUCAACGGGACUUUCUAUGGCUACCGUGACGACCUCACGGCGAACUUGGAUCAAUCCAUCGAUUUUGCAACGACCUUCACAUACAUGGACGGACCUUCCAUCUCUCCCGAGAUCCGCAUCGACCUCGAGGGUACCGAAAAGCGAGGCACUAGCAUCAUGACGUACACUAUCGCUCGGCUUACCAUCCCAAUCAAUGCACUACGAGGAGAUUCCAGCGUUGCCAAGGCAGGCAAGAUACGACUUACAGACAAGGAAAUCGGCCAUCCUGUGCUCUUUUUGUCGGUUUCGCUCAAGCACGUUUUUGUUUCCAAGUACAAGAGACCCAUUUCUCCAACGCUAGUCAAACGCUCGGGCACGUGGAUAAAGUGCCUUGUUGGAACUGGCGAAGCUGAUCUCUCCGUUGUCCUUGAAACUCGCGGCGUCGGCGACAGCUUCGCAGACUUGAUGACCCGGAAUUAUCCGACCGAAGACGUCAGGAUUGUGGAUGCUGGCCUCGACUGCGUCUUCCAAAACCAACCCAUGGGAUACAAGCAGUUAGAUUGGUUCACCAUCAACCCCAGCCUCAUGUCCCCGCCCGGCAAUCCCAUCCCCGAGACUAUGGUCUUCCACGAUGACAGGACUCGCAUGAUCCGGCUCCAGGCUUCAUCUCGCGAGGAAUAUGAUCUCGAAGCCACCAAGGCGACGCUGCUUGCAGAGUCCGCACACCCGUGCAUUCUCCUUCCCGACUUAUCAUCUGUUUAG